GUUAUCUGGUUUGAUUUGAGAAAUAUUAGACAUAAUGUAAGUCAUCAUCGAAGUUUGCUGAAAUCAUGAAUAAACUCUCACAAACAAACUCUAUAAUCUCAGAUAAAUUGUUGCUAUGUGUAGUAGACGUUUGAAUCCUUAGUGGGCACCAAAUUAGAACUAGAAGGGAGAAAAAUUAAAAUAUCAUUUUGAACCCUAUAGUUUGAAUUUGUUCCAUUUUUAUAUUCAAAUGCUUGUUUUUCAAUACGAUCAAACUAACCAAAAACUUUUCGAAAGUGCAUGCUCUUUUCUAGAAUCUGAAGGAACUCAACUAGCCGAUUAGAUUAAGCCAUGGCUUCAACAGCAUCAACGGUAGAAUCGAGUGAUUUGGAUGUUUCUCAGUUCCGCCAUACUCCUUUCUACUGUGAGGAGAAUGUUUAUUUUCUAUGCAAGAAAUUAUGUACAAACAGAUUGGCUGAUGCAGAGGGAGCUGAUCUUUUUGUUGUUUUCAUUUCUAAUGAGAAGAAGCAGAUUCCCCUUUGGCAUCAGAAAGCCAGCAAAAGGGCAGAUGGUCUUGUUUUGUGGGAUUACCAUGUCAUUUGCAUUCAGAGAAAGAUAGAAGGUGAAUUUCCUUUUUUAGUGUGGGAUUUAGACUCAACUCUUCAUUUACCUCUCCCUCUGGGCAGCUAUGUGUCACAAGCUAUCAGGCCAUCAUUUCAAAUCUCCCCUGAGUAUCAAAGGCUUUUCAGAAUCAUUCAUGCUCCAAUACUUUUUCGUCACUUUGCAUCUGAUAGAAGGCACAUGAAAGAUUCAAAUGGAAAUUGGAUGGCUAAACCUCCUGACUAUGAAGCCAUUGUUGCCGAAGAUGGAACUAUGCACAACCUAUAUGAGUAUAUGGAAAUCAAGACAGGCGAUGUUUAUUCGAACAAAACCAUUGAUGUGAAAGAUGCAGUUUUUUCUCAAAAACUUGGAGCGGUCGCAAAUAAUUUAGAGGAGUUUUUCACUCAAAUUCUUUAAAUAGGAUUGAAAAAAAUUCUGGUAAGUUUCUAAAAAUUUAUGUUCUUGGUUUUCUAUACAUGCACUAAAAAUUUGAAGAUUGCUAGAAAGUUGAGUUGUCUGGCAUUGCUUUACCCUAAAAUCUGGAGCUGCUUUCUCAAAUGAGGAAUUUUGUUGUCCUGAGUUUAUGCAUGCCAGUUCUUCUGUACAUGCUGAUGCUCACUGGAUGGAUAGCUAUGUUUGGAAGUGAUUUUGAAUAGAUAAAAUCAUUUUGACAUGUUUAAAUUUA